AUGCAUGUGGGAGCCACUGACCGAGUUUUUUCACCAUUCCGAGAUAUCGCAGUCCAUUGCUCACGGUGGACAGCGAACGGCCAAGACUGGCAGCAAAAUACCGCACACCUUCAUAUGGAUGCUGCUCCACCAGAUUCUUCAGUUCGUCGAGCGAUAUUGCAGUCGGUCGACCAGAGCGAGGCUCAUCUUCGAGCUUCUGGUUUCCGGCUUUGA